UCUUGGAUGUUAUCAAAGAUUUCAGUAGUUUUUAAAGGAAUCGGUUCGUGUUUGAUCAGCAGUAAAGGCCCCACAACCAGGAAUUUUACCAAUAUUUUUUACAUACCAUGGAUAGCACUUCAGCCAGCGUAGUGUAUGCCAAUUCUUUUUACGCUCCAAAUUACUCGGACACCCAGCAGCCACAGCCACAGCUUCAGAGUCAGCACCAGAUGUUCCACGCCAGCUACAUGGUCAGAUCUCCAUUGGGUUCAGGAUUGGGAUUUGGCCUUGGACCUGCCCCCAAUCCACAGGCAAGUACCAGUUCCGGUCUGAGUCCCAGAAGCAUGUACGGUGAUCUCUAUCGCUUCGAGGACGGAAGUGGCGAUGCCAGCGGAUCCUUGCUUUUGGGCCAGGAAGAUGACCACUUCUGCGGUGAAGAGGCGGACCAGCAGGUGGUGGCAAGCACGUCCUCCUCAUGCCCGACGAGUCCGACUUCAGGGGAGUCCGUGAGCAUGGACACAGAGCCGGAGCCCGAAGGGAGUCUGCAGAUGAACCAAGGAGAGUUGGUGGAGCGGGAGGAGAUGAACGGAUUGGAGGAAAUGGAGGAGCUUGCAGAGGGUACUGACCAGCAGAGGCUGCCACAGUCACCCUGCAUGGGUGGCAACACAUCCUACAUGGUGUUCCCGCGCACAGCCGCCGACUAUAUGCCCCGUCUGCCACUACCCCGCCAUUGUCCCUAUAUAAACAUUGGUCAGGAGCAGUAUGUGAUCCAGGCGGAAACGGUGUUCGUGCUGGGCAUGCGGCUCAAUGUGACCAAGAACGAUAUCAUCCUGUUCUUCGGCAAACUGGGAGUGAUUAAGAUGGACGAGUCGACCAACAAGCCGAAGAUCUUCGUCUACAAGAACAAGAUGACGGGACGCUCCAAGGGUGAAGCCACUAUUACAUACGUGAGUCCAUUCUCCGCACAGGCGGCGAUUAGUUGUCUGAGUGGGGCCAAGUUUAUGGGCCAGGUACUCACCGUCCUGCCCGCCUACCUGUCCACCCGGAGAGGCAGUGUCCGGUACAGCUAUCCGCGGGAGCUCAACUCGCCGGAGCUCCAACGUCGGCAGCGGGUGCUGAAGUGGAAGCCGGCCAGUGACAAUUGGGUGUGCAUUCUCUGCCGGAACAGCAACUUCGUCUGGCGUUCCAGCUGCAACAGAUGCCAGGCGGACAAGGUGGUCGCACUUCAGAAUAACGGGCCUAGUAGCUGGACGGGAUCAGGCGGAGGAGCCGGUAGCCCUCGUCGCUGGCGGCCACAGAGGAACGACUGGCUGUGCAAGUUAUGCUUCAAUAUGAAUUUCUGGUACCGGGUGAAGUGCAAUCGCUGCCACGCCUCGCGUCCCGAUGAAACAAACAGCUCCGAGUCAUCGUCGGAGGAGGAGGAUACCUGGGAGCUGGUACUGAAUCCGUCCUGUGCCGAGUAGAAACAGUACCUGAAUCCAGUCCCUCGAUUCGGGUACUCCAGUCCACCUCGUCCUGUCUGUACCCAUGCAUGUUAGCUGUUUUGUGUAUCCCCAUCUGUUUGUACGCAUUGUCUGUUGACGAAGGACACUUCUGCCUUCUUCAUCCUGCCCCUCCUGGACUCGUUAAAAUUUCAAGUGAUUGGAACGCGGACUGCGUCGUGGUAUCCAGAUGCGAAUUCAACUGAAUUGAAUCGAUUCGAUUCCGACUUUGGAGCUUUGAGCGCCAUCCACGAACAGCAAGAACAGCCAAGAACAAAAGAUCUCUAAAUUCCUGUUAAUGUCCGUCUUAAAAAAGGCAUUUGAAUGCAAUGCUGCCAUAUACCCGCCCAGCCAGUCUUUGUCCCAAAGAUCGUGAGAUUCUGGGGCGAUGCAACUUGCUGAAUGGUAAUCCACUUAAUCCGGAUAACUGAAUAUUUUACCCAGGCACAAAAGGCAAACCGAACCCACCUGGCCAGCUCUAAACGUUUAAUGAAUUUAUUUACUUUCCCGACGCCCGCAGUCAGUGGCUCAGUGGCUCAGUGGCUCAUUGGCUCUGUGGAACUGCACUGAAAAUCGAAAUAUUAGUUUCUAUGAAGUCUAAAUUGUUUAAUAAAAUUUGUCUUCUUUUGAUGUAUGGUAUUAAAUUCAA